AUGAGUUAUGGACGGUCCUAUCACAUAGCAUCAAUAUUAAGCAAUGGAAAAGUUUUAGUUGCUGGUGGAUUUGGCUCUAAUGGCGACUUGAACACUGCAGAACUCUAUGAUCCAUCAACAGGAGUUUGGACAAAAACUGGCAACAUGAGUGCGCGACGGUACAUUUACACAGCAUCUGUGCUGCCUAAUGGAAAAGUCUUAGCUGUUGGUGGAUUUGGUGCUAUCGUCAAUUUGAAUACUGCAGAACUUUACAAUUCAUCAACAGGAAUUUGGACAAAGACUGGCAACAUGAGUUAUGGACGAUACUAUCAUACAGCAUCCAUAUUAACUAAUGGAAAAGUGUUAGUUGCUGGUGGAUAUACGCUUAGUGGCUAUUCGAAUAGUGCAGAACUGUACGAUCCAUCGACAGAACUUUGGACAAGGACUGGCAGCAUGAGUGGUGAACGACGAGUUCACACGGCAUCGAUACUCAGCAAUGGAAAAGUCUUAGUUACUGGUGGAAUUGACUCCAAUGGUUCGUUGAAUAGUGCAGAACUUUACGAUCCAUCAACAGGACUUUGGACAAAGACUGGCAAUAUGAAUUAUGGACGGUACUAUCAUACAGCAUCGAUACUAAACAACGGAAAAAUUCUAAUUGCUGGUGGAUAUCGUCCUAGUUUGUUUUUGAAUACUGCAGAACUUUACGAUGCGUCAACAGGAGUGUGGACAACGACUGGUAACAUGAGUUAUGGACGGUGCUUUCAUACAGCAUCGACACUAAGCAAUGGAAAAAUCUUAGUUGCUGGUGGAUAUAGUUCUAAUGGUGAUUUAAAAAGUGCAGAAGUGUACGAUCCAUCAACAGGAAUUUGGACCAAGACUGACAGCAUGAGUUUUGCACGGCACUCUCACACAGCAUCGGUUUUAAUUAAUGGAAAAGUGUUGAUUGCUGGUGGAUAUGAUUUUAUUGACUAUUUUAAUAGUACAGAGUUAUAUGCAUGA